AUGCAGCAUUUGACCCGCUUCCAUCUCAGUCGUCUGUGUAAUGCUUCCUUUCCCGCUACCUUCCCCGUGGAGUAUGACCAUACUGUCUACCUCUCACAGCUAAGAUUAUGGAAAGAGAUGUCUCCUUUCUCCCCUCAUCAACUACUCAUUUUAUUCAAGAAGUGUUUAUUUUACACCCGCCCAUGCUGGGCAUGGUGGGGAUUAAACAAUGAACAAGACCACCAACCCUGCUCUCAUGAAGCUUAUAAUCCAGUAGGGAAGACAGAUAUAAAUUAUUUACAAAUGCUCAUGUAA